AUGCUGCGUCGUACUUCCCAAGCGCUUAUGACAUCGAUGGCUCGCGCGUGUGGUCCGCGCGGUACAGCGUCUAUUGCUGGUGCUAUCCGCGUGCAAAACGCGAGUAUUUCAACGAUCUACGACCUCCAGACGCCGUACGAGGACCGGAACCGUCACCGCAGUGAUGCGGAGUUGCGGAUCGCCAAGAUACCGAUCGUCGAGGUGGCUGGUACAUUGGCAGUGUGUGACGGUGGAGGCGGCGCUCUGGGCCACCCGGUCGAGUACAUUCAGCUGGACACGCGCAAGCAGAACAGUCCACAGACGUGCAAGUACUGCGGCGUGCAGUACAGAAUGAAAGAGGGUUACCAUGGUGGUCACUAA